GGGCCGCCGUCGUUUCCAGAAAGGGUUUGACUGGAGGAACCUCUGGAGCAGCUGUUGCCUGGCUCCUCUGACUGAUGGCAUGCUGAGGUACAUGGGCCAGUGGCAGCGAGGGCAUCCAAUCCAGAGAGGGCCACUCUAGAAGCCAGGCCACCAGCACCAUGGGGCAGUGUGUCACCAAGUGCAAGAAUCCCUCAUCGACCCUAGGCAGCAAGAAUGGAGACCGUGACCCCAGCAGCAAGUCACACAGCAGGCGGGGUGCAGGCCACCGUGAGGAGCAGGUGCCACCCUGUGGCAAGCCAGGUGGGGACAUCCUUGUCAAUGGGACCAAGAAGGCAGAGGCUGCCACUGAGGCCUGCCAGCUGCCGACGUCCUCAGGAGAUGCUGGGAGGGAGUCCAAGUCCAAUGCUGAGGAGUCUUCCUUGCAGAGAUUGGAAGAACUGUUCAGGCGCUAUAAGGACGAGCGGGAGGAUGCAAUUUUGGAGGAGGGCAUGGAGCGCUUUUGCAGUGAUCUGUGUGUCGACCCCACGGAAUUUCGAGUGCUGCUGUUGGCUUGGAAGUUCCAGGCUGCUACCAUGUGCAAAUUUACCAGGAAGGAGUUUUUUGAUGGCUGCAAAGCAAUAAGUGCAGACAGCAUUGAUGGGAUCUGUGCACGGUUCCCUAGCCUCUUAACAGAAGCCAAACAAGAGGAUAAAUUCAAGGAUCUCUACCGGUUUACAUUUCAGUUUGGCCUGGACUCUGAAGAAGGGCAGCGGUCACUGCAUCGGGAAAUAGCCAUUGCCCUGUGGAAACUAGUCUUUACCCAAAACAAUCCUCCAGUGUUGGACCAAUGGCUAAACUUCCUAACAGAGAACCCCUCGGGGAUCAAAGGCAUCUCCAGGGAUACUUGGAACAUGUUCCUUAACUUCACUCAGGUGAUUGGCCCCGACCUCAGCAACUACAGUGAGGAUGAGGCCUGGCCAAGUCUCUUCGAUACCUUUGUGGAGUGGGAAAUGCAGCGACGUCAGAGAGAGGGGGAUGGAAGAGGCGCACCCAGCUCAGGGCCAGAGGGCUUGUGUCCCGAUGAGCAGACUUAGUGGCUCUGUCCCAGGAGCAGCAGCAAGACUCUGCCCGCUGCCCUGCAGCCAGCCAAGGAGUUGGACCUCUCUGGAAAUCACUAAAGAUCCAGAUAUUUUCUACUUUACACCUUUCUCUGCCUUGUAUCUGAAAGGGCUCUAAAAUGCUGUAUCAUGUUUUAGGCACUUUCUUCACUUUUUGGUUAUUUUGGUUA